GCGCCGUGUAUGUCUCCUUCUUGUUUACCACUGAGCAUCCAAAAACCUUAGCGUUUCGUCUCUUCUCUCAUCCAUUGUUGAAAGAUGUCGUCGAAGAGAAAGACUAAGGAGCCGAAGGUAGAGACUGUGACUCUUGGACCUAGUGUUCGUGACGGAGAGCAAGUUUUCGGUGUUGUUCACAUCUUUGCAUCAUUCAAUGACACUUUCAUUCAUGUGACUGAUCUGUCCGGCAGAGAAACUCUUGUCCGUAUCACUGGUGGAAUGAAAGUGAAGGCUGACCGUGAUGAGUCCUCUCCUUAUGCUGCUAUGCUUGCUGCUCAGGAUGUUGCUCAGAGAUGCAAGGAGCUUGGCAUAACAGCCAUUCACGUGAAGCUCCGUGCUACUGGAGGAAACAAAACCAAGACUCCUGGUCCUGGUGCCCAGUCUGCUCUCAGAGCCCUUGCCCGUUCUGGCAUGAAGAUUGGUCGUAUUGAGGAUGUGACUCCAAUUCCCACAGACAGUACACGCCGAAAGGGUGGACGAAGAGGAAGAAGACUCUGAUUGCACGAUGAGUCCCAUCAUCGUUCAAUUGUGCCCUUGAUUCUCUCUGUAUUUUCUUGGGUACACUUUGAAGUUAGUUUUGUCUCUCCUAUUUAUCUUUCCAGUUGCUUCAAGAACAGUAUGUGCUGUGUUUUUCUUUAACAUUGUAUUUGGAGUUUGGUAAUGAGAAAAAAAUGAUAGUGGUUACUUACUUUGUGUUACUGUUA